AGGCAUCAGAGUCACCUAGGGAGGAGCGUUAGGAGGCGGGCGGCCUAGCCGAGGAGGCGGGGUUGGCGGUUGGGAGGCUGGGCGCCGGAGGCCAGGCAGUGCCUCUGAGGCUGGGACGCGCCUGAUCGAAGGAGCAGGCCAAUCUAACGGGGGAGAGGCAUUCGGUUUAGGCCUCGGGUGAGGCCUGGAAGAGCCUGUUGGGGGCGUCUGCGCUCCUUGCGGCGCUGGGGCCGCUGCUUUCCCGAGAGCUGCCGGCCCGGCGUGGGCGUCGCCUAGAGGCACCUCACUUGGCAGCCAGACGGGCUGCUUUCAUUUCUUCUCGUGACAGGUGCUCGGUGAGUCUGUCCUGUCUUCGAGAUCGGCAGCAUCCUCGCGAGAUUUGAGCAUGGCAGAGCCAGGCCGAGGGUGGGUGUUCGGAAUUUCUCAGGAACCGGUUCCAUAAGGACUUGCUGUGUGUGACCAGGUCAGCAAACGCAGGGGACCUGCAGUCGGUCUGGUCUCCAUCCCCUUCCGAGAGCUGUGUCCUUGGCCUUAGCUUUCUAAACUGUCAGAAGGGGAUGAUGGUGUAGUUGCAUGGCGCACGGGAAGUCCGCUAAAAUCAGCCCUAUGUCGCAGAUAUAUCCUGAUGGCCUCAAGGGUCGUUUGUGUGCGUCUUCUCAGCUUGGAUGCUGCUUUGGCAGCCGUCUCUGCUUUAUUUGAGGAAUCCCAGGCCUGAGCCCUCUGUAUCCCAUGGAUUUAAGUCUCUUGGUUUCUCCUCACAUUAGUUCCUCAGGCAAGAGAGAUGACUAGGCAGGUGGAAAGGACCACUGAAGGUGAGAAGCUUUUUCUCAGGGGUUUCUAUGCCUGGUGACUUCCCAGAAAAUAGUAGUUUACUGUGGGGCUCACACUGAGGUCCUUGCUCUCAUGGGUCACAUUAUUUGGACUCUUUCCUGGCCUCUGCUCCUUUUUUUAUCGGCCCUGGUGUUUAUUAAGCUGUGUCUGUGCUUCGUGGAUUCCAAGGACAGCCCUUGAGCACAUCUGUAAGGAAGGAUUUCUGAAGCAGCUUUGUGAUUUGGGAAGCCUGAAGUACCAAUGGGAGACCUGCAGAGCGACCACCUUCUGUCAGAAGCACACACAAACAAGCAGGUUAUUGAUGGUGCCAUCCCAUUUAUGUACUGCUUGAUGCUUUGUUUUCCUAAAGAAGCCGCAUGCUAUUGGAGGUGGCUGCCUGCCCAGCCCAGCGCCAUGCACACACUUGUGUUCCUGAGCAUUCGGCAGGUGCUCCAGUGUCAGUCAGCUGCCUGCCAGGCCUUGCCCCUGCUGCCCCGAGAACUCUUCCCCCUGCUGUUCAAGGUGGCCUUCAUGGACAAGAAGACAGUUGUACUUCGUGAGUUGGUACACACAUGGCCUUUCCCACUGCUCAGCUUCCAGCAGUUGCUGCAGGAAUGUGCCCACUGCAGCCGGGCCUUGCUGCAGGAGCGACCCAGCACUGAGAGCAUGCAGGCUGUGAUCCUGGGGCUGACUGCUCGGCUCCACACCACAGAGGGUGAGGCUGGCACACAACCUUUCUGCAGGAAGCAUGCUCUUCGGGUGCUGGAUAUGACUGGUCUCCUGGAUGAUGGUGUGGAGCAGGACCCCGGUACCAUGAGCAUGUGGGAUUGCACAGCAGCUGUGGCCCGCACAUGCAUUGCCCAGCAGCAGGGUAGGAGUGCUGAGCAUGGGCCAGCUCCUGUCCCUGUAGAGGUUCGUGUGGACCUUCGGGUGAACCGGGCCUCUUAUGCAUUCCUUCGUGAGGCACUCCGAAGCAGCCUAGGCAGCCCACUUCGGCUCUGCUGCCGGGAUCUCCGGGCCGAGGACCUGCCCAUGCGUAAUACCGUGGCCCUGCUGCAGCUUCUGGAUGCAGGCUGCCUGCGCCGUGUGGACCUGCGCUUCAACAACCUGGGCCUGCGUGGCCUGUCUGUCAUCAUCCCACAUGUGGCCCGUUUUCAGCAAUUGGCCAGCCUGAGGCUGCACUAUGUACAUGGGGAUUCAAGGCAGCCCUCUGUGGAUGGCGAGGACAACUUCCGCUACUUCUUGGCUCAGAUGGGCCGCUUCACCUGUCUUCGGGAGCUCAGCAUGGGUUCUUCUCUCCUUUCAGGCAGGCUGGACCAACUGCUCAGCACCCUGCAGAGCCCCUUGGAGAGUUUGGAGCUGGCCUUUUGUGCUUUGGUGCCUGAGGACCUUCGGUUCCUGGCACGGAGCUCCCACGCUGCCCACCUCAAAAAGCUGGACUUGAGUGGGAAUGACCUGUCAGGCAGCCAGCUGACACCCUUCCAGGGUCUCUUGCAGGCAGCAGGGGCUACACUGCUGCAUCUUGAGCUGACUGAGUGCCAGCUUGCUGAUGUCCAGCUACUGGCCACACUGCCCACCUUGACUCGCUGUGCCAAUCUCCGUUACCUUGGCCUCUAUGGCAAUCCAUUAUCCAUAGCUGGCCUUAAAGAACUGCUGCGGGACUCAGUGGUGCAGGCUGAGUUGCGCACUGUGGUGCAUCCCUUUCCUGUGGACUGCUACGAAGGUCUGCCCUGGCCACCUCCUGCAUCUGUCCUGCUGGAGGCCUCCAUCAAUGAGGAAAAGUUUGCUCGUGUAGAAGCUGAGUUGCACCAGCUACUGCUGGCCUCAGGCCGUGCCCAUGUGCUUUGGACCACAGACAUCUAUGGACGCCUGGCUGCAGACUAUUUUAGCCUGUGAUCUCCAGUGUCUGGAUGAUACACAGGUCAGGAGCCUUUGUUGGGAUUCUCCUGGAGGCCUGACAUGAAGGCACUGGUCUCAGGCUUCUUGCAGGGUCUGCCUUGCUCCUUGGCACACCCCGAGCCUCCCAUUCCCUAUUGUGUCUUUCACUUUGCCUUGCACCUACUUCCUAAAUGGGCCCUGAGCUGGAUUUCAGGCCUGUACUACCCUACUCAGUGUGGCUGUACUCUGGAGUAGUGGCCCUCUCUGUGGAUAUUCCUGGGACCCUAGCCAUGAGCUUUGGACAGUAGUCUCUCCCUUCCCAAAACUGCAUAGGUCAAAGUCACGAUGGGGGCCUGCUUUAGGGAGGCUUGGGGGCCCAUCUAGUCUUGAGGCCUCAUACUGUGUUCCCUGCCCUCCUAUGCAAACCAACCUGUCAGCUAGCUCUGGGACUGGAGGGUGUUAUGAAGGUACAAAUGUGCGGUUUAUCUGGAACUUAGAUCUCUGGCUGAUUUUUCUGUCCUAAUUGGUCAGAGUGCCUUGUUUCAAUCUCUGCUGUUAACACCUGCAUACCCACUGGGCAACAACCAUCAUCUUGCCUGUCCGCACCGCCCCUGCCUCGUUGCUGACCCUAACAGCAUCUGGCCAGGGGCAGCAUUCUUCCCCGUAAAAGGGGUUCUGGGGGCUUCUCUGGCUUCAUUCCCACGCAACCUUAGGACUCUCGUGAGCGGGACUAUACACACGGUUCGGCAAACUUGCGGCUUCUACCUUUACUGAGGGACCGCACCGGCCAAUUACCGGUGCAUACGUCAUCAGUGCGCGACACACUCAGCAAUGGAUCUCAUAUGCAACGCACGGUGGGAGGCCGAACCCCGGCGCCAAGCCC